AUACACAGGACGUAGUAAACACUACUGUCUACAACUAACGUCUAACUAGCGCUCAUCUAACGGCAGUAUUCGGGACGAUUUUAACAGCUAGCGCUGAUCUAGCGAACGUAUCUAUAACUAGUAGACUUCUAGCGCUUAUCUAGUGUUUCUAUCCAGAACUAAUGCCGCGACUGCAGCGAUGCUUAACGGCCGUAUCCAUUUGAGCGUAGCGUGAAAUUCCGCCAGUGAGACAUCUAUACUAUAUAUAAUCAAUGGUAUAGGUACUCUAUGAUUACUGUAGGCCUCGUGUCCCGGUUUAGUUUUGUUUUUGGUGGUUUGUAUGAUUUGUAUGUGUUAUUAUUAACAUUGUUUGUCCAAAAGAUGUUUGUGCUAUAUCACGUGUCUACCUCAGUUUCGUUGAACGUAGGUAUAGUGUAUAAGUUAUACCGAUCUCAUGUUUGGGGGGUUCGUUUUUUUUGUUGGUUUUUUUGUAUUUAACGACGACUGGUUUGCUUAAAUGAUCAGUGCCGUGCCAGGUGUAAUUGGCUCUUCAAGCAAAAUGAUAAAUAUUAAAUUUAAAUUUGUUUUGUUUUUGAAAUGUAGAAUGAAAUUCCAACAAACAGUUCAGUUAACGUUUAACUGUGCUGGUGUACGGGUGUUUACGGCACCCGUAUACCAAAACCAAAACAAUCACACCUUCAAAAAGGGCAAGGUGUCCAAAAGACGUUGUUAUAAGUGUUUCCGAUAUGGACACAUUGCCCGGCAAUGUCUUGGUGAGUGUAUUGUAAUUAUUUGUAAAGCACUUGUUUUGAUAAUAAUUAUUUUUUCAGCCCCCCCGUAAGCCUAAAGAAAACGCCACAACCAAGGAGCUGGUCAGUCUUCCACCAUCACCACCUCAAGUUGACCAGAUGGAGGUGGGUCAAGAGCAGGCGGUGGUGGUGGAAGAAACACCCAAUGUUGGCGUCAACGUUGAACAGCUUGCUGGGAUGGUGUCCAACGUUGACGUCAGCAAUGAUGACUCACAGCCUUUCAGCUAUGAAGAAUGUACGUAAGCCCGUAAGCCUAAAGAAAACGCCGCAACCAAGGAGCUGGUCAGUCUUCCACCAUCACCACCUCAAGUUGACCAAAUGGAGGUGGGUCAAGAGCAGGCGGUGGUGGUGGAAGAAACACCCAAUGUUGGCGUCAACGUUGAACAGCUUGCUGGGAUGGUGUCCAACGUUGACGUCAGCAAUGAUGACUCACAGCCUUUCAGCUAUGAAGAAUGUACGUAAUCAAUUGGAAACUUCACUGCAUACCAAAUUGUGUUUACAUUUAAUUUAUUUUAUAUUUUUCAGCUGAAUAAAAACCAUUUUUUUUUUC